AUGGUCGUUGUAGUUNCUCUCGGUCUCUUCUCUUCUCGUCUCUACAAGGUCUACCGUCUGGUUCGCAAUGUGCAAAACUCUUCGGGCGCCGUCGAAGGCAUUUUGGCAGCUGCAACAGCCUACACCAUCUCCACUCUGAUCAUCAACUUCUGCCUCAAGGGUGGCGCACCCAAAUUCCUUCGCUGGCUGCUUAUCGUCCUCGACCUGCUCUUCGUUGGUGGUUUCAUCGCCGUCGCUGUCUUGACUAGACCACACGGAGGCCUCAGCAGUCUUUGUGCUACGCCAAACGCUCGUCAGGAUCCCAACAACCGCAACAACGCCUUGUGCAACCUGCCGCUUGCGACCUUUGGCCUGGCCAUUUUCAGCACGUAA